GGGCAGCCGCCUCACGGAUUGCAGUGGCUGAGCCCAGCUCCGUUCUGGAACAAGCGCCCAGAGUUGUGCCAGCCACCAGCCCCGGCGAUUCACCCUCCUCAGAGCAUGCCGGGUGGAGCUGCUGGAUCUCCAUCUGCCGGGAGAUGCCCAGCCUGGAAGUGAUCACCCUCAGCGUCAACGCCGUGUCCACACUGGAGCCCGUGAGCGGCUGCCGGCGGCUGAGCGAGCUGUACGUGCGCGGGAACCGCAUCCCCAGCCUGGCCGAGCUGGCGCACCUGCAGGGCCUGCCCCGGCUGCGCGUGCUCUGGCUGGCCGGGAACCCCUGCUGCGGCGCCGACCCGCACCGCUACCGCAUGGCCGUGCUGCGUGCGCUGCCACAGCUGCAGCGCCUGGACAACCGGGCUGUGACCGAGGAGGAGCUGUCCCGGGCUCUGAUGGAGGGUGAGGAGGUCACGGCCCCCCGCAAAGAGGGCCCGGAGCUGGCGUAUGCCCUGAGCGCCCUGAACACGGCCGAGACCCAAGGGGACGCGCUGACGUUCAGCGAGGAGGAAGCAAGCAGCGGCCCCGGGCAGCUCAGCCUGAAGCCCCCCUCCCGGGACCAGCCGCCUCCCUUCUCACAGAGGACGGCCACGAGCUGCAGCGCGAGCAGGAGCAACGUCCUGACCGCCGUCCUGCUGCUGCUGCGGGAGCUGGACACCGAGGCGCUGGGGGCCGUGCACCAGGCUGUGCUCAGCCGCCUGCAGGGCCUGCCCGAGCGGGAGCUGCAGGAGGAACCCGAAUGAGCCGCGCCCAUCCGCCCCGGCGAGCCCACCCCAAGGUGGUGUCCCCAGGAGGCCUCGGCCAGCUCGGGCCGCCCAGCCCAGAGCCCGCGUGGGCCCCCCAGGCCGGCCUGGCCACGUGCCCCCUAAUAAACACACCAGUGGCGCUCCGCCCCUCCUCCCUGGGGUGGACACCGCCCCCGGAGCUGAGGGCCCUGGGGUUGAGAGAGCCGAGAACCACGCGCUGGACAGCCCCGGAGGGGGCAUCAGAGACACUGCCGCCGCCAGGCCCUGGUGGGCGCGCUCACCCGGAGGCCGCUUCACACGGGCCAGAGCGCCCUGAGGCCGGGCGUGGGGGGGCCUUCCGAGGUGAUCACAGGCGCUGGACACUCAGUAAAGCCUGCUCCUUAGAGCAAGUGGUCAUGAUGAUUUGGGGUCUCCCUCUCCGGGACCCGGCACUCAGCCAAGGACCUUGCCUCAGACCCUACUCGACAGCCCCCCUUCUGCCCCAGUGCCCUCACCCCCCAAGUCAGAGCUUGCUGGACCCACCCUGGCCUGGACCCCAUGACCCUGGUCUCUAAUAGACACCUCGGGCCCCAGAGCUCCCCCAAGUGAUCCAAAAGCAGGGUUUUGGGCAAAGCAGGCGCUGGCAGGAUGUGUGCUGGCGUCCACGGCCCCGGCGGCAGGGCAGCCCAGGAGGACGAGGGCUCAGUACAGCCGAGGUGCAGCCCCACCCCCAGGUGCCGCCGGGGGCCAGCCCCUGCUCUGGCCAGCAGCUCCCCUUCACCUGCAGACAAGCCGAGGGCCUCUGUCCAGCCUGAGUCCCAACCCGCUGGAGUCUAUGCCAGGCCAUGGCCACACCCCUCUCCCUGCUGCCAGGCGGGUGCCAGCCGGACCCUGAGCGCCCAGACCUGCCUCCCUUUGGUCUCCGCACCCAGGACUAUGCAGCCAGGGCCCCUCUGGUCGGGGUGGGCGCGGAGGGGGCGCCCUGUUGGAGCAGAGCAGCAGGAGUCUCCCGCGGCCCGACCAGAGCUGGCUGCCCUGCCGGGCCCAGGUGGUUCUGCGGCUGCUGCGGGCUGUCUCCAAAGGGACCAGAAAGGCGUGCUGCCCCUGGGGUCUGCUCACGGUGGUGGAGAUUGGAGCAGAAGCCGGUCUCCGCCGGGGCAUCUCAGAACCGUGAUUCUCGGGGGCGAGGGCGGGGAGCCGCGGGUUCCCAGGGCCAGGGAGGCGAGACGCGGACUCUGCGGGGGGAAGCCCGAGGGACCAGGGCCACAGGGGUGCUGGCCCCCAGGGCCGCCUGAGCCUCGGGAUGGCCAUCAGGAUUGCAGGCCGGUCCUGUGGCCAGCACCAGCUCCCUGCGCCUGUCCGACGCGACCAGCCAGUUGUCGUGGGCCGUGUGCAGGGUAAACAGCACCUGGCGUGUGGCCCUAUCCUGGCUGCCCUGUUGGGUGGACACUGGUGGGGCGUGGGAGGAUGGGGGGGCAGGACUCGCCACCUCUGGACUCCCCCGUGAAGGGAGCUGGUGAGCAGCUGGGCCCUGGGCCUUCCUGUUCUCAGAAAAGGGUGCAGGAGAGCUUGACCUCAUCUGGAAGGAGGCUUGGGGAUCUGGGAGCCCCGUACCAUCCAGGGUAUAGGGUCAGGGUGCCGCCUGGAGACCACCUCUGCUUUGUGGGUCAUGUGAACGCCAGCUCAUCACCCCAGGGCACAGCAGAGCCCACUGGGCGCCCAGGUCCCUGGCCUGGCCUCUGCACCUGCGUGAGCCCAGGCCACUGUUUGCGCCUGUCCAGCCCGGAGGCACCAGCGGCCACACACCCCUGGGCCUGGGCCUGCCGGCGCACAGUGCCCAGGUCCAGGUGAGCCCACAGCCACGGCAGCAGUCCCUGCCACGCUGAGCCCCACAGGAACCCCCCAGGGUGUGAGCUCUCCUGGGGCACCAGGCAUGGGGGCACGGGUGCAGCCACCCUGCCUGCCCACCUGCCCUGCAGCACCCGUGUCCCAGAGCCAGGCCCGAGUGGGGAGCAGGUUUCUGGCUGCCUGCCCCCUCCAUGCGCCCCCCCUCGUCUCCCAGGGUGCCCACUGCCGGGGCGCACCCUGGGUCAGACUCAGGACCCAGAACCAGGUUCAGAAAUCCUGCUGUGAGCGGGAGGCCAGGCCUGUCACCCUCAGGACGCCUGGCGGUGCUGAUCCGAGGACACAGGUGCCUGCCCAGCCCCGGGCCGGGUGUGCCACCGGGGGCUGCGUGGGCCGGGCUUUCCAGAGACUCUCAUUCCAGAGUGGGUCGUUUUAUUUCUAGGAAGGACAACAAACUGCUGAGCCGCGGCGGCCAGUGCACACAGGAGCAGGGCACCGCAAGCCCCCGGGCACGGCCAGGC